AGGAGUAGACUGGCUGAAGAAAUUUUCUCCGCCGUUCAAUACGACAACGCGUGCGCUUUUCUUCCGGAGGAGCCAGUAGUCGUUCUAAUGAUACUUUCGUACGAGGGUGUUGUUUAACGAUGAGAGGUUUUGAUUUAACAAUGAAUAAUUCGGGUUGUGCGACUUGCACACUCGAACCACCGCCUGAUAUUCUUCAUAUACCGCCACCGCCGUUCCCAGCGAUUCUCCAACAAAGUUCCGACUUUUAUCCGCACACGGAUUUAUUAUCGUUUCCACCUCAUCUCAAUGACAGCCCUUGUAAACAUUUCUGCGAUCGCCGCUCCGAAGGUGUUCAAUACAUAGAAAUGCCUCAACAAGGAACAGUAUUUGACGAUACAUGGCUGCUGGUUCUAAUAUCCUCCUGUAUCGGUAUAAUUUUCAUAGGCAUCAUUCUAGCAAUAUUACUCUUGAAAUGCAAAUUCAAUAGAAGUGGCAAGAGUGGCGUAAUUUCCAUACCAAACACAACAUCUGCUAUACAAGCAAAAAACGGGAGGAUUCAAAACGAAGCCGUUCUCUAUCCCUGUGCAGCUGAUACUAUGCAAGAUAGCCGUGUUAUGUGGGCUACCCUGACACCACGGGGUACCACCAGACACUAUCUGGAGGAACAUACCUAUGAAACUAUUGGCGGUGGACAAUUCCACAAGCGUGCCUGUUCAACUACGCCAACUGAACAUACUUACGCAGAUCCACCGGUAACUACCCCGAUUCAAAAUCGCCUGAAGGACGACAAAGCCUUUGAUAACACUGCGUUUGUAGAUUACGAAGAACCUUCGUUAAUAAAGACUGACUAUUAUCAGCUCAAUGAUGUUUUGGAGUCGAAUGAUCCAGGCAAUGUUUUAAUACUUACAUCUUUACUGAUAAAUAUAAUUAGCGCAUCUGUAAUUUAAUUUUAAUUUUAAUUAUAGGUAUACAAAGAGGAACAUCGCGUCCACGCGUCAGUUCGCCGACACGAAUCGAACAUCCAAAUUUACCACCCCUUAAUCUUCACCCUCAUAAACGUUCCUCUCGUAAAGGAUCUGCUACACCACAAGCUUCAGAUACUUUAUUAAGAAGUAGUAUCACAUCAUCUACAUAUAUUCCUACUAUAUAAGUUUUACGUCCAAUCUUUGUUAUACAUACAUAUUUAAAGGCUUAUAUAAUAAGCGACAUAAACAACAGUACAUUUUGUAUACAUUACCUUUACACCUAGUCAUUAUAAAUAAGAAAUAACUGCCAGUCAAAUUAAAGCGACCUAGUCGUUAGCCGGUAUAUGUAAAUUAUAUGUACUUCCUUCUUUAACCGAUUAAAAAAUUAAAAUCAUAGUAAUGUGAUCGAGUUAGUAUAUUUAGAUAUAUAACAUUCUGUAUAUGUUAAAUUUGUAUUGUGUAUGAAAUAUCAUAUAUCUAAUAAAAAUUAGGGAUAUAUGUAAAAAUUAAUCUUAUUUCAUACAUCCAUGUAUAUUUUAUUUUGGCCAAUAAAAUUUUAUUAUUUUCACAAA